AUGGUUUCUUUCAAUACAACUUCUUUAAGUGAGCGAGACCUUAAUAUAAAACUCACUUUAAUUUUUACCAAAAUUGGCCAACUAGAAAAUGCACAAAAAGGUAUUCAAGAACUUUAUGAACUCUUGUUGGAACAUCCCGAAUGUGAUGUCAAAGUUGACGCAUUUCUCGCGAGUGCUGGCAAUUUCUUUCAAAAAUAUCUACGUAAAGCCUUGGCUGAAAUAACCACUCGCGAAAUGAAAGCGUGUGGAAUGAUACCAAAGGAUACUCCCCCAUCUAAUGAUAAAAAAUCCGAUUUUAUUUCGAAUUCGAUAAACAAAAAACCCGUUCACAAAUUUCCUUCAACUUCCAAUCGCUGUUCCCAUUCUUCGGUUUCUUUUAAUAAUAAUAACACUAAAAUAUCAAAUAACGUUGGUAAUCAUUGCGAUUCCUCAUUUACAAGCGAUUUAUCAAAAUCAUUUUUGGAUAAAGUCAGCCUAGAAACUUUUGAUCAAACUCGGUCACGUCUUCAUGCAAUAUUUCAAUAUGAAAAAUACAAGACUGGCCAAAAGAGAUCUAGUUUGCCAAAUUUGCACCAACUUCAAUCGGAUUCUGACAGACUCGAAUUAGCAAAAAGCAUUUUACAAUCAAGGCCACGAUAUCGUCGUUCAACGUGGGAUGCUGCUUCAUCAUUAUCUUCUUCACAAAACCGAUUCAGUUCUCCCUUCAAACGUAGAUCAUAA